CUGCUCUUCAGGCGCCUGCGGUGCACCCGUAACUACAUCCACGCCAACCUGUUCCUCUCCUUCGUGCUGCGGGCGGGUGCCAUCCUGACGCGGGACGCGCUGCUGCACCGCCGCCUGCGCCGUGGGGCUGCCGACCCACUGCAGGUUUUGAGCCAGGAGUGUCCCCAACCCCAUGUCCCCCCAUCUCCAACCCUGUGUCCCCACGUCCCCAACCCUUCUGCUGACCCCGCAGGAGCCCCCGUGCUCUUCGUGGUGCCGUGGGUGGUGGUGCGUUACCUCUACGAGAACGAGGGGUGCUGGGAGAGGAACGAGAAGGCGGCGGUGUGGUGGAUCAUCCGCUGUCCCAUCCUGAUGGCCGUGGCGGUGAAUUUCGUGGUGUUCGUGCGCAUCGUCCGCAUCCUGGUGGCCAAAGUGCGGGCGCAUCAGGUGGCCCGAGGGGACUGCAGGGUCAGGUGGGGACAUGGGGGGACACCGGGGGACGUGGGGACACCGAGGGACAUGGGGACACCGGGGGACAUGGGGAUACCAGGGGACAUGGGGACACUGCGGGACAUGGGGACAUAG